CGGUGAUGGCGGGCAGACAGGCUGGUUGGAGCCGGGCGGCUCUUCUCCAGCUCCUUCUUGGCGUGAACCUGAUAGUGAUGCCACCCGCCCAGGCCCGGAGUCUGCGCUUCGUCACUUUGCUGUACCGACAUGGAGAUCGUUCACCAGUGAAGACAUAUCCCAAGGAUCCCUAUCAGGAAGAAGAUUGGCCCCAGGGGUUUGGUCAACUAACCAAGGAGGGGAUGCUUCAGCACUGGGAGCUGGGCCAGGCUCUGCGGCAGCGCUACUAUGGGUUUCUAAACACCUCUUAUCACCGGCAAGAGGUUUAUGUGCGAAGCACAGACUUUGACCGUACCCUCAUGAGUGCUGAGGCCAACCUGGCGGGUCUCUUCCCUCCUGAUGGGAUGCAGCGCUUUAACCCAAACAUCUCAUGGCAGCCUAUCCCCGUGCACACUGUGCCUGUCACUGAGGACAGGCAAACACAUAAGCUGGUCCUGCCGCCCUGGGCCUCAGUCCACACCAUGCAGCGUCUGAGCCGGCUAAAGGACUUCAGCUUCCGCUUCCUCUUCGGGAUCUACCAGCAGGCAGAGAAGGCCCGGCUUCAGGGGGGAGUCCUCCUGGCUCAAAUUCGGCAGAACCUGACCCUGAUGGCGACCACCUCCCAACUCCCUAAGCUGCUGGUUUACUCUGCGCACGACACUACCCUGAUUGCUCUGCAAAUGGCAUUGGAUGUCUACAAUGGGCGGCAAGCCCCCUACGCCUCCUGCCACAUAUUUGAACUGCACCAGGAGGAUAAUGGGAAUUUCUCAGUGGAGAUGUACUUCCGGAACGAGAGUAAUAAGGCCCCCUGGCCACUGAUCCUGCCUGGCUGCCCUCACCGCUGCCCUCUGCAGGACUUCCUUCACCUCACAGAGCGUGUUGUGCCCAAGGACUGGCAGCAGGAGUGUCAGCUGACAAGCGGGCCUGCAGACACAGAGGUGAUCGUGGCCUUGGCUGUGUGUGGCUCCAUCCUCUUCCUCCUCAUAGCACUGCUCCUCACCGUCCUCUUCCGGAUGCAGGCCCAGCCCCCUGGCUACCGCCACGUCGCAGACGGGGAGGACCAGGCCUGACAACCACUCAGCCCCCUUCCCUCUGCCUCCUAGGGGAGGUGGGCUGGGCCCUUGCUUCUGACUGUUGCUGCUCCCCAGCCCAUGGACAGGAGACUCUGGGUUGGGCCUCCCUCUGAUGACCCUCAGCCUAGAUGAACAAGUGGGGCUUGGCUGGGUCCCUGGCACCUGUCACUCAGCAUUCAUGUGCCUGAUGUUUACCAAGUACUGUGUGGGACACUGGCUUUCUCCAAACAGGAUCUGCCUCCUCCAUACUCCCUAAGCGCCUGGAUACAGACAAGUAUUCAGGCUCCACCCAGGACCUGGGACAAAAGAAAACUGAAGGAAUAGGUACUUGAUUUGCCCUGCCCAAUCAAGCCCUGCACUUUCUCUGCCAACCUGGAGUCUGGCAAAUGGUUUAGAGGGCACAGUCUCACUUCUCAGUGCAUAUUUUAGUGGGAAAAAUGACAUAUAACACUGGGGGAAUAAACAUAGCCACUGGGGAACAGGAUCACCCAACAACUAGCCAGUCAAGUUUUCCUUUGUCCACCUGAAGCCAUCAUUACAGUUAAGCAUCUUUAUCACAUCUUCAGCUUGAGCAAGUCUGAAGGGUGUAUCUAGUGGGG